AUGGCUUUUACCCAAACUAAAAACAAUCAUGCCAUUCUUGUCAUCCUUCCCAUCAUCACAUUUUCUAUGUUUAUAGUUAUGGAUUCUACCCAAGCAGAAUGGGUUAAUCAUGGAGGCGACUUGACUAACAGGAGGUAUGCCAGUGGAGAACUGCUGAUUAACCCAAUGACCGUGCCGAAAUUAAGGUUAAAAUGGAAGUUCAUCGCCGGAAAAGACAUAUCUGCUACACCGGCAGUGGCCGGUGGAGUAGUGUACUUCCCAUCAUGGAAUGGAUUUCUGUAUGCAGUGAAUGCUAUCAGUGGUGCUCUUAUCUGGGAACAAAAUGUUGGUCAGUUAACUGGGCUGCCGGGAACUGGGACCAUCGUGAACGUGUCGGUGUCGAGAUCGACGCCAACGGUGGCCGGUGACCUUUUGAUCGUCGGAAUUUAUGGUCCUGCGAUGGUGAUUGCUGUGUCACGGUUCACCGGACAACUUGUCUGGUCCACUCAGAUAGACCCGCGCCCAUUAGUUUUAAUCACCGCAUCUGGAACGGUUUACUUGGGGGCAUUCUAUGUGGGAGUAUCAUCUCUAGAAGAAAUACUACCUUCUGCUCAAUGCUGCACCUUCCGAGGCAGCAUGGUGAAGCUAGAUGUCAGAACUGGUGCAAUACUCUGGCGUACAUUCACACUUCCUGACAACGGCGGAAGACUAGGCGGCUACUCUGGAGCCGCCAUCUGGGGAAGCAGCCCCGCCAUUGACACCGUCAGAGGGCUCGUUUACGUGGGCACUGGAAACCUCUACAUCGCCCCGCCGGAGGUGCUGCAGUGUCAACAAGCUCAGAACAACCAAACAAAACCACCUAGUGGACCUGAUCAGUGUGUUGGACCAGACAUUCACUUCAAUUCAAUUCUGGCAUUUGACAUUGGUUCUGGGAAGAUUGUGUGGUCUAGGCAAUUGGGUGGCUAUGAUGUUUUUUAUUUUGCGUGUUUGGUUCCUAAUAAUCCAGAUUGCCCACCAGGGCCUAAUGUGGAUGCAGACUUUGGAGAGGCACCAAUGCUGCUUCGCAUAUUGAACAAAGGAAGGGAGCGUGAUGUGGUUGUGGCAGUGCAGAAAAGUGGCUUUGCUUGGGCUCUAGAUCGUGACAAUGGUGAUAUAGUUUGGUCUAAGUUGGCUGGACCAGGGAGUAAGGAGGGAGGAGGGAUAUGGGGAGCAGCCACAGAUGAAAAGAGAGUAUACACAAACAUAGGCAACAGCGACAGAGUGCGCUUCAACCUUGCACCAUCUACCAAAACAACAACAGCUGGUGCAUGGGUAGCCUUAGAUGCUAACACAGGGGCCAUCCUUUGGUCCACAGCUAACCCGAGCAAUGACAGUUCCCAAGGGCCAGUCUCACUAACCAAUGGAGUCCUCUUUGCAGGGUCUGUGGCUCCAAAUGGCCCUCUCUAUGCAAUGGAUGCUAAGACUGGGGCUAUUCUAUGGUCAUACGACACUGGUGUUACUAUAUAUGGUGGAGUUUCAGCAAGUUAUGGUUGUAUUUACCUUGGCAAUGGGUACUCAGUUGGUCUGGCUAAGUUCCACCCAACUUGGACUGCUGGAACUUCACUCUAUGCCUUUUGCAUUGAAUGAAAGGAUUCAAACUUGGGGUGAACCAUUGAAGAAUGAACAGAAACAGAAUGUUUUUCUAUUGUCUAAUUGGCCUUUGUAAGAAAUAAAUUUCACUAUUUG